GUACCAUCUGACAGAUGCAUUGUUUGGUGGUGAAAACGAGGAGAGCUUAGGAACACUGAAAGUCAUAUAUUAGACGCACAUGUAUACACAUAGAGGCAUUUCAGGAAGCUCAAGCAACAAACUGCACCAGCGCAAAAAAACUGGAGCUCAACCUGAGUGGAUUUACAUCAGUAUUAAGAAGACUGAGACUCCUGCCAUGUGUUGCAGUUAUUUUCUAUGGCUUUUGAAAUUGUUCUACAAUAAUAUGAUUUUUUAAAAACCACAACAAACACAGGGGUUAAAAGUUACUUCUUGAAGAAGAAAGUCUGACAUCGGGGUCUAUAUCCUCUUGGUCUAAAGAAGAGAUCCUGAAUAUUAGUGUUUUGGCUGGUCCUAAAUUCUGAUUUAAUACCCCUGUUGACACAUCUGGGUAUGUGCCACAGAAACUUGUGUCAUUCCAAAUUCUGAUAAAACACAAAAAUAAGUGACAGUAAAAAUAAAAAUGGAUGUUUUUGGUGGUGCUCCACGUGUGCUUGGUUACCCACGGCCAGUUCUGGUGAAAUGUGGAACAGAUGCUGUGCUUAAAUGUCAGAUUGGUGGAGAUCCCCAACCAGAUGUGAUAUGGGAGCGGAAAAAUGAGUCUAUUCAUCCUGAGGGUCGUUACCGUAUUACCCAAGAUGGCAAAGUGUACACACUUUACAUAUCUGGGGUCACUAUGGAAGAUGCUGGACAGUAUAUUUGCAAAGCCAAGAACAAUAUUGGGGAAACAUAUGCAGCUGCUACCCUUAAAGUGCAAGAGGAGCUUCAAGAGCAGCAAACACAGCCAGCCCAAGCACCACCACCCCAACAAAAUGAAGUAGAAGUAAUUCCACCAGAACAAGAUAUAAAAAUGAAGAUACAACAACAAGUCGGGGUGGAAAUGAAAAAAGACCCAUUCCAAGACAACAAGCCCUAUUUUUUGAUCAAACCACUUUCACUGAGAGUAGAUCGUGGAGAAGAUGCUGCCUUCUCCUGCAAGAUCUCAGGCGAUCCUUUGCCUCAGGUGGUUUGGGAGAAAGAUGGUAAGCAGUUGAAUGAGAUCUAUGAGAGUGCCCACUUUCAUGUGGGCCAGCAAGAUGGUGGCUGGUUUCAGUUAAAAAUUUUCAAAACAAGAACUCCAGAUGGAGGUGUCUACAUGUGCAAAGCAGUCAACAAGCAUGGAGAAGCAAUAACUGGAGCAGUGCUCCUGGUAGAGCCCAUUCCAGAACACAGAGAGGGAAGCAUGACAAAUGGUUACACCAACGGUCAUUAUUCACCACAACAUUCAAGGGCCAAACACUCAAAAGAACCUCACCUGAAUGUGUCAAAGGCAAAGAAAUUCACUGUCACUGAAGGCAAACAUGCCAAAUUCCGUUGCUAUGUCACAGGAAAGCCUAAGCCAGAGAUUGUAUGGAAGAGAAAUGGAGAAAGCAUUAUGCCAAGUCGAAGACAUCUCAUUUUUGAGGAUAGAGAGGGAUAUUACACCUUGAAAGUACUGUACUGUAAGCAGCAGGAUACAGGACUCUACAUCUGUGCUGCAUCGAAUGCCCUGGGAAACACACUGAGUGCUGUGCAACUGUCAGUUAAAGGGCCUCCAGUUCGAUUUAAGCGAGCUCUUCAAGAUGCAGAGUUCAGAGAGAGAGAUUUUGCUGUUCUUGAAUGUGAGGUUCCAGAGGAGUCCAUUUCCACCGCAUGGUACUUGGAGGAUCAAAGGUUGCAGCAUGGAAACAAGUAUAACAUGGAACAGAAGGGCACAUGGAGAAGACUAACCAUACAAAAUGUUGGGGCGGAUGAUGAUGGAGUUUACCUGUGUGAGAUGCCUGAUGGUGGAAAGACUAUUGCAGAAUUAGCAGUUAAAGGUACGAUUGUGAAGAAACUUCCACGGAGGUUAGAGGUGAUGGAAGGAGAGAAUGCAGCAUUCUUUGUGGAGGUGGAACAAGACGACAUGGACAUCUGCUGGUUUAAAGAUGGACUGCAGUUGCAAGAAACCCAUCAAACCAUUAUCAAAUCUUUUGGCAAAACUCACAUCCUGGUCUUUGUCAACACAUCAUAUCAAGAUUCUGGAACAAUCACAUUUAUGGCAGGCAGAUCAACAACAAGCUCCAAACUUAGGGUCAAAACUGCACGACACUGCCCACCCAUCUGUCCUGUGGGUGUCCAGAUGAACACUGACUGUUGUCUAAAUGGUGUCGUCCUUUCCUGGUCACCAUCGCCUAAUUUACAAAACUCCACUACUAAGUCAGUGUAUGUGCUAGAACGCCAAGAAGUGGGGUCUCAGGAAUGGCAGCGAUGUCUGACAACAGAGACGGGCACAUCUGCUGAGGUCCUGGGUGAUAGUGUGCCAUGUGAGGGUGACUUCCGUUUCCGAAUCUGCUGUGUUAAUAAAUAUGGAAGAAGUGGGCAUGUGGAGUUCCCCAAAGUAGUACAUCUGGCCCCAGGUCCAAAGAUUAAAAGCCCUCUAAAGAAUGCUGUGGUGACUGAAGGGGAGGAUGCUGUGUUCUCCAUUGAACUCUCUUCAGAAUUGAUUGGCACAUGGUUCCUGAAUAGCCAGCAGUUGCAGCAAAGUGAACACUUCUCCAUGACUCAGUCAAAGAACCAACACAUCCUUCGAAUCCGCCAAGUGCCAAAUGUGUAUGAUGGAGCUGAAAUCACUUUUAUUGCCACUGGUGUACGAGAUUCAGCCUCCCUACAGAUUAAAGUAUCUGAGGUGAAAUUUUUACCAUUGUCAGAGAUGGACACCAAAAAGACCACUGAGUUGGGCAAUCCCAUUGUGCUUUACUGUGAGGUGUCCCAGCCCACAGCCACCGUCCAAUGGUUCAAAGAUGGAGAGAAGCUACAUGCAGAGGAGGGUCUGAAUAUCCAGUCAGAUGGCAACAUGAGGAGGAUCAUCAUCCAUUCAGCAGAAUACUCUCAUUCUGGAGUGUACACAUGCCAAUCAAACACUGACAUUCUCACAUUCAAUGUGAAUGUUGAAGCACCUCCUGUGUUAUUUAAAGAAAUAAAAGCAGAAGAGAGGCAGAAAAGCGCUAUGGAGCUGGAUCCUGUGGUCCUGACUUGUGAAAUCUCUCAACCAGAAGCCCCAUCGUGCUGGUUUAAAGAUGGAGUUGCAGUUCUUCAGUCAGAAAACAUCACCAUUCAGUCUGAAGGCAGCAUGAGAAGACUUAUAAUACGUUCAGCAGAACUGGUAGAUGCUGGAAUGUAUACUUGCCAAGCAGGCGACCAAACUAUGUCAUUUUCUGUCAACAUUAAAGAACCUCCAGUUACAAUUGUGGACCCAAAAGAUGACAUCCAUAUGGAGCGCUAUGUCUCUGAGGAGAUAGUCCUAAACUGUGAGCUCUCUCGAUCUAAUGGAGAGGUUCAGUGGUUUAAAGAUGGCCUAAAGCUCCAAGAGACUGACAAUAUCCGCCUCAGUGCUGAAGGACCAUACAGGAAGGUGAUCAUUCUCUGUGCUUCCAAGCGGGACUCUGGAGAGUAUGUAUGUGAUGCAGGAGGUGACUCGAUUUUCUUUCAGCUCCUUAUUACAGAGGCUCCAGUUCGCUUUGUAUCCCCCACUGAGUCAGAGGUAGAGGUGUGCAUAAUGAGCUCUGAGAAGCUGGUCCUAAACUGUGAGAUCUCCAAAGCAGAUGCAGAAGUCUGCUGGUUUUGUGAUGGCAUGGAGGUAGAUGAGAAUGAUAACCUGAAACUAGAAGAUGACGGGAUUUACCGCAGGCUGGUGAUUCCCUGUACAACCAUAGACGAUUCUGCAGAAUAUGUUUGUGAGACAGCAGAUGACACUGUCACAUUUUGGGUAAAAAUAGAAGAGCCUCCUGUGAAACUUUCUUCCUCCAAGCAGUCAGGCAGCAUUUCUGAGAGUUUUGCAGGUGACCCUGUUAUUUUAGAGCUUGAGGUUUCCCGUGAAAAUGCAGAAGUGUGCUGGAUGAAAGAUGGCAUGAAAGUAGAAGAGAGCAGUAACAUUACAAUUACGGAGAAUGGCCUCACACGCAAGAUAACCAUCCAUUGCCCAACUCUAAACGAUUCUGGGAUAUAUACCUGCAAUGCCAUUGAUGACACAAUGGAUUUUAAAGUCAAAAUUACUGAAGCACCAGUAACAAUCCUGAAUAAAUCUCAGAUCAAGAAUGAGCACAAGGUUAUGUUGUAUGAUGAUGUUGUAUUGGAGUGUGAGCUGUCUUCAGCAAAUGGUAUGGUCACCUGGUAUAAAAAUGGCAGUCCAAUUGAAGAGAAUGAGCGCUUCUGUUUGGAGGAGGAAGGAACAUUUCGAUCCCUGGUCAUUCUCUGUGCGGAGCUGCAGGACUCUGGAGAAUAUAUGCUUGAUGCUAAAAAUGAUACAUUUUCAUUUCAUGUCACAGUACAAGAGCCAUCAGUGAAGAUCAUUGGCAAUUCUGGUGAUCCUGACUACCAGGAGAUGGUGACAGGAGAUGAUCUCAUCUUAGCCUGUGAGGUUUCCCGAGCCAAUGCACCGGUGAAGUGGCUAUUUAAUGAAAAACUAUUGAUCCCCGAUGAGCGCACACAUAUUGAAAGCCAAGGAACACUCCGGAAACUUACUAUAUCUAACGUCCUCAUUUCUGACUCUGGGAAAUACAUGUGUGAUGCUGUAGAUGACAAGAUGCUAACUGUUGUUAAAGUUCAAGAGCCCCCUGUUGAGUUCCUCAACAAACAAGAGGUGAACUUGGUCACUGGUUAUGAAGCAGAACCUGUCACCUUUACUGCUAUGGUUUCCAGACCCAAUGCCCAAGUGCGGUGGCUUAAAGACUGGACUCAAAUCAGCGGAGAACGAUUCCACACAGCUAGCCUGGGUCUGACCCGCACUUUCACCAUCGACCCAUUAAAGAAGCUAGACAGUGGAGAGUACACAUGUGAUGCAAACUCAGAUGAGAUGCACUUCAGUCUACUUGUCAAAGAUAUGCGUAUUAAAUUUGUGAAGCCACUUAUAGACACAGUGGCACAUAAAGAUGGUAUGAUCACCCUAUGCUGUGAGCUAUGCAAGGCCAAAGCAGAUGUCCAGUGGAAGAAAGAUGGAGUGGAAAUCAUUCCAAGCCGUCGCUUUUCUAUCCGUGCUAAUGAGACAGAGAGAAGUCUCACAAUCCAUCGUAUCACCAAAGAAGAUGCCGGAGAAUAUGCUUGUGAGUCCAAAGAUGACAGCACCAGCGCCAGACUAAAGGUGGAAUUACCUCGUGUGGUGGAAUUUCUUACAGAGCUUCACAAUACUACAGUUAUGGAGGGCGAAGAUGCUACGUUUAAGUGUGUAGUCUCUCCUGAUGAUGUUCAGUUGGUCUGGCUCAUGGAUGGAGAGCCCAUCAAACCCAGCGAUCGAUUCCAGAUUGAACAAAACAGCCUCUGCCACACUCUGAUUAUCCACAAGGUCCAGCUGCUGGACUCCUCUCGAAUCACUGCUGAAGCUGAGGGUCUCAUUUCUAAAGCUAGCCUUAAGGUCCAGGAGGCACAGGUCUUGUUUACAAAGAGAAUGGAGGCAGUGAUGGCUGAGGAGUUUGGAGAGGCUACAUUAGAGACAGAAGUGAGUCUGGAGUCCGGAGAGGUACAGUGGAUGAGACAGGGGGUUGUGAUUCAGCCGGGACCCAAACAUAAACUCACUCAGAAUGGCUGUAAACGCAUCUUGACCAUCACUAACCUCAGCCUGUCUGAUCGAGGCACCUACCGCUGCGAGACCCUCCAUGACCGCACACAGGUUAAACUCAAUGUGGAGCCGAGGAAGAUUGCCAUACGCAAAGGAAUGAUGGACGUUGAGACAUUUGAGAGAGAGACAGCAUCCUUCGAGGUGGAACUUUCUCACACUGAUGUGGAGGGAGUGUGGCAGAAAGAUGGUCUGCGUAUCAAACCAAAUAAUAACUGGCGCGUUAGUUCCAAUGGACUAGUACAUGGCCUCACACUCUCCAACCUCACAAUGGAGGAUACGGGAAGCAUUGUCUUUUCUGCUGAGGGACUGAGAAAUACUGCCAGACUGGUAGUCAGAGAAACACCAGUAGCGAUCUUUAAGAAGUUGUCUGAUGUCAGAAUUGAGGAGGAAUCUUCAGUUGUUUUGGAGUGUGAGUUAUCUAGGCCAAAUGUGGAUGUCAGAUGGCAAAAGAAUGGGAUAGAGCUCAAAUCCAGUAAGACUUUAAGGAUUUAUUCCAUGGGACGCAAGCGCUGUUUGCAGAUCUUGGAAUGCAGCAUCAGUGACUCAGGCCUUUAUACUUGUGAAAUAGAUGACCUCAGCACUUCCUGCAAAGUUGAGGUCUACGAACAUGAAUUAGAAAUCAUAACUGGCUUGGAGGAUCUUUGGAUUAAGGAAGACCAGAAUGCUGUCUUUAUGUGUGAACUGUCCAUGGAAGAUAUGCCUGGUGAAUGGUACAAAAAUGGCAGCAGGAUACGUCCCACUUCCACCAUCAAAACUCGUACUGAGGGUACAAAGCAUUUCCUGCUUAUAUGCAAUGUAAAGGCAGAAGAUUCUGGAGAAAUCAAGUUUGUUUCCAAACAAGUGGAGUCGGUUGCCUGCCUUGAGGUUGAAGAGCUUCCUGUAAGCAUUGUCCGUCCCCUGAGAGAUCGUACAGCACUGGAAAAACACAGAGUUAUUCUAGAAUGCACUGUAUCAUCCCCAAAUUGUGAUGUCACCUGGUACAGAGAGAAUGAAGAGCUGGAAUCCACAGAACAUAUGGAAAUAAUACAAGAAGGCUGUUACCACAAACUUGUCAUCCAGCAGGUGGCACUGGAGGAUGAAGGAACUUAUAGUAUUGAGGUUGGGGAGCAUACAUCCACAGCCAAGCUGAUGGUGGAAGCCCAGUCUAUCCUAGUGGUGAAGAAUAUAGAGGAUGUGGAAGUGAGAGCUCCUGAAACAGCCUUCUUCCAGUGUGAGGUGUCGGUGGCCCUCAUCAAGCCUCCUGUCUGGACUUUGAAUGGGGAGACUCUGCAGUCAGGGCCUAAUGUUCGAAUAGAUAACCAAGGGACUGUACACAAACUGACAUUAAAAAAAACAAGCUCUGAUAUGAGUGGGACAGUCAAGUUUACCACAGGGAAAGCCAAGACUACUGCCAUACUGACAGUGCUGUAGUAAAUUAUCACAUACAAGAUUAUCACAUACAGGUGGAGAACAUGAAAGAGGGAAUUACAAUAUAAUUGGUGUGUGUGGUCAUAUCUAGAGUUCAACUGUAUAUAAGUUCAAUGUAUGAGCAAUAUCACACUCACAACAGUGCAAUGUGGCUGUAUAUUGGCACUGGUGGGAGGCCUGCAUUGGCUUGAGGCAAUAUACAGUCAUAUCGCACUGUUAUGAGUGUGAUAUUGCGUUUAUACAACAGUUUGAAGACAUAAUUGUGUCUAUAAAAAAGAAAAUCAAA